UUGGUUGGUAGCACUCAAAUUAGUGAUGGAAGGUGUAGGUUGUUAACGGGCAGAUGAGAGGCAUGGUAUAGCAAACAAAGAUUUUCUCUACCGUUUCACCUCACAGGAGGUGUGAAUUAUUUUCACGUAUCAGUGGUGUUGGCUAGUUUACUCUACUUUUAACUUCACUAAGACGUAGCACCGUGUCAUUUCCCCUGACAGUAGCUGAAUGGCAGCUUGUUUAGAGAUAAAACAAUAAUUCAUUGAGCAGAACACAGCAUUGGCAGCAGGCCAACAUUCUGUGGGUGUUUUGAAUAAAAUGCGUUGGUUUACCAGCCUUGACCGUUUCCUUCACUCAAAUAUGAAAUGCCUUCCUUGAAAUCUGGUUUGGAGCUGGUUUGUGACACAGAAACUGAAAAUGUCACCUCAGUCUGAUGAGAAAAUAGAAUAUAGUUUAGUCUAAAAUAGGCAGCAUGUCAGUUUUAAAUUUUCAUUUAUAUUUUUUAUUCAGAGUGCAAAGAAAAGUCCUUUUGUCAUGACAUGAAUAUCUGUCAGCACAGAAAAGUGUAUGUUAAUCACUUGAGCAGAAGUAAAAUCUUUUGUCAGUAUGUGUUUUUUUUUUUUAUAACUUAUCAUUCUAAGAGAAAUCACCAGCAUCAGAACUAUGUGAACACUAACCUCUUCCUCUACAUCUCGUUCUCUGUCGGCACAGCCCAACCUGUACCCUACAGUCGGCCUCCAGACCCCGGGGGAGGUGGUGGAUGCUAACUUUGGGCAGCACCCGUUUGUCUUUGACAUUGAGGACUACAUGCGGGAAUGGAGGACAAAGAUCCAGGCCCAGAUCGACCGUUUCCCCAUAGGGGAGCGAGAGGGAGAAUGGCAAGCCAUGCUCCAGAAGAUGGUGGCCUCCUACCUUGUUCACCACAGCUACUGCGCCACUGCUGAGGCCUUUGCCAAAUCCACUGAUCAGGCCGUGCAUGAGGAACUGGCUUCCAUCAAAAACAGACAGAAAAUCCAGAAGUUGGUCCUGUCAGGAAGAAUGGGAGAAGCUAUAGACACCACACAGCAGCUUUACCCCAGCCUCUUGGAGAGAAACCCGGAUCUCUUAUUCAUGUUGAAAGUCAGGCAGUUCAUUGAGAUGGUGAACGGCACGGACAGUGAGGUUCGGUGCCUGGGAGGGCGGAGCCCCAAGUCCCAGGACAGCUACCCUGGCUCGCCCCGCCCCUUCAGCAGCCCCACCCACAAAGCCAGUGGCCCCCAAGUCUAUCCGACAGGGUUGGACAGUAACUGCUGUAAUGGUGUGUUGUCCAGUAAACCCACCUCUUCAGCCAACUGUAUGAAGGCCUGCCCCUCCACCCUGGCCAGUGGUGACCUCAGCAGCUUGAAUGGCACAUGCAGCCAGCCGCAGCAGCCGCAGCAGCCCCAGCAGCCGCAGCCGCAGCAGCAGCAGCCCAGCACCAGCAGUGAAGUGGAGAUGGAGGUGGAUCACUUCUCCAAUGGCGUGUCUGAAUCGUCCUCCAAUGGCUUUCUCAAUGGAUCAACACAUGGGGUGGAACCAGAGGACUGUGAUGCCGAGAUGGAGGUGGAGCUGGCUCAGUUCAAGAGGCAACUCUGCGGAGGCAGCCAGGCGGCCAUCGAGAGGAUGAUCCACUUUGGGCGGGAGCUGCAGAGCAUGAGUGAGCACCUCCGUCGAGAGCGCGGCAAGAACGCCGCAAACAAGAAGAUGCUGAAGGAUGCCUUUAGCCUGCUUGCAUACUCAGAUCCCUGGAGCAGUCCAGUGGGCUAUCAGCUGGACUCUAUCCAAAGAGAGCCUGUCUGCUCCACACUCAACAGUGCAAUAUUAGGUAAGCCAGCUAUAUGUUUCCUGACCAAUUUGGUGGGAGCAGUGGAACUGGAUCAGGACAUCAGUGUAACUGUACCACUGGGGACACGGGCCUCAAUACACUGCACAUAUGGAACAGGGUGCCGGUACUACAUCCACUGGUACCAGAAAAAGGAGGGAGAGAGCUUCAAAAGAAUCCUGUACAUAGAUAUGGAUAAUGGAGCCGAGACAAAAGAUCCUGAUUAUAAGGAUAAUAAGAAUUUCCAAGCUGAAAAAAAGGAAAAUAAAUAUGAUUUAAAAAUCCCAGAGAAUGGUGAGGAAUAUAUUAAUAUCACCAUCCACUUCAGUGACCCCGAUGUUGAGACUUCAUCACAACAAGGACAUGAAAGCAGAGCCAUGGGUCCACAACUUGCACUUGUCACUGUUCUCUUACACACAGUGCAAGGGAUUGUGCUGCUCCAUCCGAGGAUCUAUGUGGUUGAAUCUUUUGGAAAUCAAGCUUCAAUUGACUGCACGUACAAAACAGGGUGCUGGGGUUACAUCCAGUGGUACCAGAAAAGGGCGGGAGCCGGCAUUAAGAGAAUCUGGGACCGGAAAAAAGCAAAUGAUCCCGACCAUGAGUUCCAGUCAGAGAAAAAUGGAAACACUUUCACUUUAAAAAUCCCUCAUAUUUCAUCCAAUCAUUCAGCAGUGUACUACUGUGCCUGCUGGACCUCCCACAAAGCACAGAUCUUUCCCCCAACUACCACCACCUCCAACACACAGGAGAGUUCAUUUGAAAAAGAUGUCCGAGCUCUGGAACAUCUGGGUUCUGGUCUUUUUUGGCUUCACAUCAGGACAAGUGACGCAUCCAAAGAUCUGGACUUUGGCUAG